AUGGUUUUAGUUCAAGAUUUGUUGCACCCAACUGCUGCUUCUGAAGCUAAAAAGCACAAGUUGAAGGCCUUGGUUCAAUCCCCAAGAUCUUACUUUUUGGACGUUAAGUGCCCAGGUUGUUUGAACAUCACUACCGUGUUUUCUCACGCUCAAACUGCAGUCACCUGUGAAUCAUGCUCCACUGUGUUGUGUACUCCAACUGGUGGUAAGGCCAAGUUGUCUGAAGGUACUUCCUUCAGGAGAAAAUAG